CGCAAUAAAAGCACUUGCAUUGGGCUAACAUUUAAGAAGGGGAGUCAAAAGUUGUUAUUUCCUAUACAAGAUGUUUCUAUAGGAUUUGUUUAGGUUUAAGAUAGAUUUAGAGAAACAACAAGAAAACAUAAGGUGAAGGCGUGUGGUUGAUGGAGAUGGAGUACCCAGAAAGCAGCAGCGUGUGUGAGAUAGAGGAGGAAGAGGAGAAAGAAGAAGAAAAAGAAGAACAAGACUGUGUUUAUGUUGCAGUGGGUAAGAGCAACACAAGCAUGCACGCUCUCUCAUGGACACUCAACAACUUGGUUACUCAAUCUACCAUCAUUUUUCUCAUUCAUGUAUUUCCUCAGAUCAAACACAUUCCAAAUCCCCUGGGAGUAGGAAUGGUUCCAAGGAAUGAAGUGAGUGUUGAGCAGGUGGAGAGUUAUGUUGAGCAAGAAAGAGGCAAGAGGAGAGAGCUCCUUCAGAAGUUCCUACAAUCAUGUUCUUCUUCCAAGGUUAAGGUAGACACCAUCCUGAUUGAGAGUGACCUGGUUGCAAAGCCUAUCCUCGACCUCAUUCCCAUUCUUCAGAUAAAAACUCUAGUCAUUGGAGCCAACAAAUUCCAUCUGAGAAAAUCAAAAUCAAGGAAAGGGAAUAAUAGUGUUGCCGAUGAGAUACUGAGAAAUUCACCAGAAAGUUGCAAGGUGAGAAUUAUAUGUGAAGGGAAGGAAGUAAAUGAGCAGAUGAUGAUGUCACCCACUAACCAUACUUCCAUGACUAGCCAAAAGAAAGAAGAUAACCAUGAUUCAGUUUCAUGCAUUUGUUUCAUACCCAAGUUCAAAUGAUUAUUAGCCUGUUUAAUUUCAAGUGUAGCAAAAGGGUAUAGAUAUGUAGCUCAGUCAAGUUCUUUGACUCCUAAUGUAGCUUCUGAACAAUUCAUUACUUUGAAUAAUUCAAUUACUUUGUUGUUCAUUCUGUCAUCAAA